GUCGUCGUCGGUGGCGGCGCUCGGGGUCGUGUGCGGCGCCCGUCAAACGCGCACCAAACUUUAUAUUGUACGCUAUCACCGUCGCGGCGCCGUCGUCGGACACGACAUUAAUAAUAAUAUAAUAAUAUUAUAUUCGUCCGCCGGGUACACCCUGUUCCGUAGUAUACGCGCGCGCGUUUAUAAAUACACAUACACACGUCCACACACGCGAGCGCGCGGAAGUUUGUAAACACGAUAUUAUUAUUAUUAUUAUUAUAAUAUUAUUAAAAUAUAUUUUUUUUUUAAGUGUACUUACUGCAAUUAUAAUAUUACAGUCGCGUACACACACACACACACACACAGAUAUUCAUAUUUAUUAAUACAUCUACAGUACUCACACAUCACACCACGAGCAAGUGCAUUGCAUUAUAUCCGAUAUUGUUCCGCCGGAAGUAUGAAUGGCGCUAAAUGCGCCGCGUGCCUAGCCGCCGUUCUGUUCGUACUUUUCGCUUUCGUCGUCAAAGGUGCAAAAUCUAUAAUAUGCUACAAGUGCAAUUCUAAAUAUGACCCAAGGUGUGGAGAUCCGUUCAAUCCAUACACCAUCGGCUUAGUUGAUUGUAACAUAACAGACGUGCCUAGCCAUUUGAAGGGGAAAGAACCAGUUAUAUGUCGGAAGACUGUCCAAAAUAUUCACAAGAGUAUUCGGAUAGUGCGAGAUUGCGGUUACGUGGAGGAUCCUGUUCAUGAUGACCAGGAUUGCUACAGUAGACUCGGGUCACAUGACAUUGACGUGACCCAUUGCUCCUGCACCUCGGACAUGUGCAACGGUUCUAGGAUGGUUGUCUCUAAUGGACCAUAUUGGUACAGCAUAACCACCUCAGCGAUGGUAUCUACUGCUGCCAUCACCAUAAUGGGGUUCUUCCUUAAUAUACACCAUUUAUAGACCAGAUUUACGAGAUCGAAGUUAAACGAGAGAUAAAAUUAAUAAAAAAAGUAAUUUUAAAUAACAAACGCUUUAUAACAUAGCCCAAACAGACUAUAUAUAUUGAAGAUGUCAAUCGACGACUGUAAGAAGGUAUAAGUUCACAUUGUAUUUAUAAUAAUUUUUAUAGUAAUUGUGCUCAGAGUGCGGGAAUGUGUUACGAAAUCGCCAAAAAACACGAAAACAGCGUACCUAUAUACUUUUAUAAUAAUAGGUAUAUACCCGCACGCUGAACUAGUCUUAUAUUUAAUCCGUUUAUAUAUUAUACAUUUAUAUAUAUUGAAAAUACAGUCUACGAAUGAUAUCUUCAAAUUUUAUUAUUAUUAAGAAAAAAAUUAUAUUUUAUUUUAUUUCUAUCAUAAUGCGUGUUUUUUAAUAGCUCAAUUAAGUAAAAAGUUUUUCGCACCAUACAUGUAUAAGAACAAUAAAUUGUGAAUUUAUAUCAACUCAGAAAACUCUCAUAAUACUAUUUUAAUUAGACUUAUCUUUGUUUUUAAGAUGAAUUCAAACUGUUUAUUAAACUGUUUAUUUUCAUGUUACACAAAAAUAUCCGUUAUGGUACAUAAAUUCACUUACAACACGCGAAUUAUAUUUUUAUAUUACAUUAUUGUAGUUAUAAUGUUAGAAAAUCGUUUUGGCUAAACCGUAUUUUUAAUUAGAGAAAAGCCGAAUUGGAAAUCUACAAUGAACUGUACCUACACGAUAACAAUCUCAACAUGUGCAUAUGCAAAGCCCGAUGUUAGAUUUUUACAUAAUGUUACUCAUGUUAAGCAUUUUAUCUUUGAAUAAACUAUUAAAAUAAUAUAAUAUAAAAUAUAUGUAUUAUUUAAUAACAUUAUACAUAAUAUACUGUUUUUUUUUUAC